UUGGAGAGGCUUGACCGUCCGUUGCAAAAGCGCCUCAUGGUCCGCAAACUCGGGGCAGCCGCAUGGCGUCUUCUCUUUGAGAGUUUACUUCAUCUUCUUCCCCCGUCGAGCGGAGGCCGCAUCGAAUGAAGCCCAGCCCUAGCCAGGAAAACAUCGGACGAUCGCAAUUCCUUGUAACUUCGAUCUGUCGGGAGUCUCCUUCAGUUGGUUCGUUGUUAUGCGCCUGACGGGAGGAAGGGGCGAGGAGGGGCCGAUUUAUGGUGGCCGAGGUAUGGUCUUGAUCUCUCUCCCUUUCGCCUUAUUUCGGGACUAUUGGACUUGAACGGGCCGAUGAAAUCGGAAGAGGGGCAGCGGCGUCGGCGGAGAAGCCUUCCGGAGGAAGAAGCGGAGGAGGAAUAAUCGACAACGGGAGUGAUUGAUGAGAGGGCAGGGCGCGAUCGUGGGCGCAGGCAGCGAGCCAAAUCAUCAUCCUUUCCAUCCUCCUCCUCUUCCUCCUCCUCCUCCUCCUCCUCAUCGACUCAUCAAUGGAGACGGGGAUCAGUAGCUCUUCUCAUGCUCCGAUUCGUGAUCCUACCGGACCGUCCUCUCAGAUGGAAUGGCAGAUCCAGCUGAUUAUGGGAAGCCUGACCGCGAGAUUCAACAGGCACUUAUUGCAUUGAAGAAAGGCACCCAGUUAAUCAAGUAUAGUCGCAAAGGAAAGCCAAAAUUCUGCCCCUUCAGAAUUUCGAGUGAUGAAACUACUUUGAUUUGGUUAUCUCAUAAGAAGAAGGAGAGGGCUAUAAAAUUGUCUUCUGUAAUACAAAUUGUUCAUGGACAGAGAACUGUAUGUCUUAUUUAACUGCUGUUUUUAGGAGAUAUUUGCGACCUGUAAAAGACUACUUAUCAUUUUCUCUUAUCUAUAACAACGGAGAAAGAUCUCUUGAUCUGAUUUGCAAGGACCAAAGUGACUUGGAAGUGUGGAUUGCAGGACUUAGGGCUCUCAUAUGUACAGAACAGUCUCAACAUUUGAGAACUGAUAGCCACAGUGAUGGGAUUUUAUCCUCUGAUGAUGGAGACUCAGUAUCAAAUGGUCAUGCUUACGGACUAGAAAGCACUUUGAGCAAAUCUCAUGGUUUUAGCACAAAAUAUCAUACUGGUGGACCUUCAGGUAGUUUAACAAGAUCAGAUGUGGGGUCAGAUCACACAAAUAUGCAACUAAGAUUAAGUAACGGAGAUGGUGUACGACUUAGUGUUUCAAGUGCUCCUAGUUCCUCCAGUCAAGGUUCUGGACCAGAUGAUAUUGAAUCUUUAGGCGAUGUUUAUGUGUGGGGAGUAAUAUGGUCUGAUGGAGCUGUAAUGGAUGGAUCUUCAAAUGGUGUAUGUGCAAGAACUGAUGUUUUAAUUCCAAGAUCAUUAGAAUCAAAUGUAGUUUUAGAUGUCCAUCAAAUUGCAUGUGGUGUUAGGCAUGCAGCUCUAGUUACACGGCAAGGGGAAGUAUUUGCUUGGGGUGAGCAAUCUGGUGGUCAGCUUGGCCAUAGUACUGACAGAGAUGUAACUCGCCCCCAUCUUGUGGAGUCAUUGGUACUUUGGAAUAUGGAUUAUAUUGCAUGUGGUGAGUACCAUACUUGUGCUGUAUCCACUACCGGUGACUUGUUUACCUGGGGAGAUGGCACUCACUACACUGGACUUCUCGGUCAUGGUACCGAUGCUAGCCACUGGAUACCGAAGAAAGUUUCAGGCCCACUAGAUGGAUUACAAGUUAUGUCUAUUGCAUGUGGCACAUGGCAUUCAGCAUUGAUUACAUCGAACGGUAAAGUGUUUACUUUUGGAGAUGGGACAUUUGGUGUUCUUGGACAUGGCGACCGAGAAAAUCUGGUAUAUCCUAAAGAAGUUGAAUCUUUAGGUGGAUUAAGGACAAUAAAGGUCGCAUGCGGAGUAUGGCACACUGCAGCUAUUGUUGAAGUGAUGGGUCAGGCAGGUGCCAAUGUUAUAUCUCGCAAAUUAUUUACAUGGGGCGACGGUGACAAAUACCGCCUCGGUCAUGGUGAUAAAGAAGCGCGUUUAGUCCCUACUUGUGUUCCAUCACUUAUUGACUAUAACUUUCAUCAAGUAGCCUGUGGGCAUAACUUGACAAUUGGGCUCACAACAUCAGGUCAUGUUUUCACAAUGGGCAGCAUGUCCCAUGGUCAACUUGGCAACCCGCAAGCUGAUGGCAAGGUUCCUUGUUUAGUGCAAGAUAGAUUGGUAGGCGAGUUAGUUGAAGAAAUUGCUUGUGGAGCUUGUCAUGUUGCAGUGUUAACAUCACGCAGUGAAGUAUACACAUGGGGAAGAGGUUCUAAUGGUCGGCUGGGACAUGGAGAUACAGAAGAUCGGAAAACACCUAGCCUCAUUGAAGCUCUCAAGGAUAGGCAUGUGAAAAGCAUAUCUUGCGGUUCAAAUUUUACAGCCUGCAUUUGUAUCCAUAAAUGGAUAUCUGGUGCCGAUCAAUCACUUUGUUCAGGGUGUCGACAAGCAUUUGGUUUUACCAAAAAGAGACACAACUGCUAUAACUGUGGGCUAGUACAUUGCCAUGCUUGUAGUUCUAGAAAAGUGUUGAAAGCAGCUUUGGCUCCAACACCAGGGAAACCUCACCGUGUAUGUGAUUCUUGCUAUUCGAAACUUAAAGCUGCUGAAUCUGGUAACUCCUUGACUACUAAUAAGAAGACUGUUAUGCCUCGUCGAUCCAUUGAUAUCAAGGAAAAGCUAGACAAAUGGGAAAUAAAAUUUUCAAAACCUGUAGUGUCAUCAAAUGCAGAUCCAAUAAAAUCUAUUGAAGCUAAAUCAAUAAAAAACGAUGCCAAAUCAGAAUCUUUGUCUAUGCUCAGAGCUCCACAAGUUCCUUCACUGUUGCAGCUGAAAGAUAUCUCUUUUAGUAGCUCAAUUAGUGCACUUCAAAUAGCUUUAAAACCGAUUGUUCCCUCAUCACCUCCACCACCUGUAAGCUCCAGGCCAACAUCACCAUAUGCAAGAUAUCCAAGUCCUCCACACUCUGCUACUCCAGUAUUUUCUAAAGGUGCUAUUGACAGUCUCAUGCAGUCUAAUGAAAUACUGAAUCAGGAGAUCCAAAAGUUGCAAUUCCAGGUCAAAAAUUUGAAAAAAAAAUCUGAAGCACAGGAACUUGUCAUUCAAAAAUCAGAAAAGAAAAUUCAACAAGAAUCUGCCAAGUGCAUUGCUGCGCUACAAGUUAUCAGAAAUCUCGAUACUCAGCUGAAGGAUAUAAGAGAGAAAUUGCCCUCUGAAUUUGAUCACAACUUAACUGAAAUACAUACACAAAUAGAAGCACUCUUGGAACACAAUGAUAGUAUCAGAUCCGACAUCUCGUCAACAAUGGAUUCUGGUGCUUUUGAAAGAGAUGCUCACAACAGUAGUAAAUCGGCAGCUGCUGGUAACCGAGAGUCAAACUUUCAACAUAGCACUGACAACAGCAUAAAAUCACCUCCAGUCAAACAUGGCAAUAAUGGAGAAGCAGAACUCACAGAACAGUUUGAGCCUGGUGUAUACAUUACUUACAUUCAACUAAGCAGCGGUAUCAAGACUUUCAAACGGGUUCGAUUCAGCAAGAAAAGGUUUGCUGAGAAAGCAGCAGAAGGUUGGUGGAACCAAAACAAGGAAAGAGUGUUCAACAAAUACAAUUAUCCAGGUCAUGGAACAGUCACAUUGCCUACAAAUGCAGCACCAAACGAGGAGGAAUAUGCAACACCAUCGUCCCCUUUCACUUAAUUUGUUUACGGUAAGGAGCAUUGAGAUUGUAAAGAGCUAGGUGACAAUCUUAGGCAGGAAGCUUGAACAAUUAUAUAGAGCACAGAUCAGGUUCUUUUUUUCUUUACUAUCUUUUAACUGUUUCGACAUGUUAUUGUAUGGGAAGAACAUGAUCUGUUUUGACAAA